GAAAGAGUUAGCUAGCUGAACGCUUUUCUGAUGUGAUUUGAUCUUUUCUGUAAUCCAUUCAGGAGGAACAUCUCAACACAAGGAACAUCAAUAUUUACUCGUCAUGGCUGAUGCCAGGAUUAAACGGCCAGUGGAACAACUCCAGCAAUUGUCCUCGCCGUCCUUUGGUUUCUCACGGAGGAGUGAGAUGGAUUCUCCUCGAUAUAAUCUCAAGGAGAUGAUCUCCACGUCACACGUCUGCUGAAGAGUUUCAUAUGUUGGUGUAGUCUUUUAGUAGAUCCUGGAUCACUGCAGAUAUGCUCCAGACCAAUAACUACUCACUGGUGCUGCUGACCCAGCUGGCACUGCUGACCUUUGACCUGUUCGUCAACUCCUUCAGUGAACUGCUGCGGGCCGCGCCGGUCAUACAGCUCGUGCUCUUCAUAAUUCAGGACAUCGGCAUCCUGUUUAACGUGAUCAUCAUUCUUCUCAUGAUGUUUAACACAUACGUGUUCCAGGUGGGGCUGGUGUCACUGUUACUGGAGCGGUUCAGAGCGCUGCUGAUAGUUUCUGCACUCUACCUGACCCUCAGCAUCAGCUUUCACUGCUGGGUCAUGAACCUGAGGUGGAUGGAGUCCAGUGGGUUCGUGUGGACAGACGGUCUGCAGGUUCUCUUUGUGUUCCAGAGACUGGCUGCUGUGUUGUAUUACUACUUCUACAAACGCACGACCGAGUACCUGGGAGACCCCAGACUUUACGAAGACUCCCCGUGGCUCCGUGAUGCAUUCGCUAGAGCACCACAGUGAAACCAACCCAAAAUGGUGCACCAGGAACCUUAACGUUGUGCAUUAAAAACCAUUUCAGGAAACUGAACGGAUGGACUCAGUCAGAGCCCCGCCACCUUAAAACAAACUUAAAACUGUAGGAAAGAGCCAAGAUGGCUUCUGUGGUGCACAAGGGCAAAUGGAUAGAUCACAUUUUGUGUUUUUAAUGAUUGAAGCAUAAGACGUCUGAAUAUCUCUAAACAGAUUUUAGGUGUAAAGCUACAGUUAUCAUAAAUUGCUUCUUACCUGUUGGUUGCGUAGACAUCUUGUUGUGUAACAUUGUAGAACGUACAAAAAUGAACAGCUUUGAUCCUACGAGAGAUUUCGUUUGCCUUUGAAACGACGAGUGGAAUUUGGUCUGAGUAAUUGUGUAUUAUUUAUGUUUUUUGUGUAUCAUGCCCAUUUUUAAAACAUUUUGUUUGUAAUAUGACACACAAACUGACACGCGUUCGGCAUAUUUCCAGUAAAUUAUCGACGAAGCAUUAACAAAGUGCCUCAGUGUUCACCUAACACUGCACAAAGUGAGUAAACAGCAGAGCGUCAGUGCACUUGUUAUGCUGUAAUAGAGAUCAUAUUCUUCUGGUGUUGUACUAAUAAACAUUUUCCACUGGCCUGA